AUGGGGUUUAGAGAUGCGGACCGUCACACAUUUUACGCCGGAAGUCCACAACUAUCCGCGGACUCAUCGGGGAGUUAUGAAUCCAUUGAUCCAUCAAAUGGGAAACCCAUCUGCAAAAUAAAUAAUUCAUCACCAAAAUCCAUCGACGCCGCAAUUCAAUCGGCUCAAAAAGCAUUCCCAGAAUGGUCUAGCAAGCCCCCAAUAGAACGAGCGCGUAUUUUGCAGCGGGCCGUCGCUCUCUUGCGCGAACACAAUGACAAUCUUGCACGCAUCGAAACCUUCGACACAGGAAAACCCUACUCCGAGACGUCCGCAGUGGAUAUCGUCACAGGCGCUGAUGUUCUUGAGUACUUUGCCAAUUUAGUCGCUAGCGGUGGAUUAAACGGCGAAUCAUUCCGUCUUAGACCAUCUGCCUCAGUAUACACAUCUAAAGAACCUUUAGGUGUGUGUGCUGGUAUUGGUGCAUGGAACUAUCCGAUUCAAAUCGCGCUCUGGAAAUCAGCGCCUUGCUUAGCUGCUGGUAAUUGCAUGGUUUAUAAACCGAGCGAAUUCACACCGCUGCACGCUGAGUAUCUAGCGGAUGUUUACCGACAGGCUGGUGUUCCAGAUGGUGUUUUUAAUGUUGUAUAUGGCAGCGGUGAAGUCGGGGCUUACUUGACGAAACAUCCCGCCAUUGCGAAGGUUAGUUUUACGGGACAGGUCAGCACUGGGAAGAAAGUAGCUGGCGCGGCGGCUGGGGAAAUGAAAUAUGUUACUAUGGAGUUGGGUGGUAAGAGCCCGCUUGUUGUGUUACCGGAUGCGGAGGUGGAUCAGGCUGUUGAUGUGGCGAUGAUGGCGAAUUUCUACAGUACGGGACAAGUGUGUACGAAUGGUACGAGGGUAUUUGUCCCCCGCGUGAUGAAGAAAUCGUUUGAGAGCGCACUUCUUGAGAAAGUCAAGUUUGUCCGGCCAGGCGAUCUUUUCGAUAUGGAUACCAACUUCGGGCCUCUUAGCAGUAAGGUUCACCAGGAUAAGGUGAUACGAUAUAUACAUCACGGAAUCGAACAGGAUAAGGCGACGCUGUUAUGUGGUGGGGUGGAACCACCGGUGAACUUACCGGCGGGAUUGAAGUCUGGUUACUGGGUCCAGCCAACUGUUUUCACGGAUUGUAAGGAUGAUAUGACUAUCGUGAAGGAGGAAAUAUUCGGUCCUGUGAUGACUAUCUUAACAUACGACACAAUCGACGAAGCCAUUACACGCGCGAAUGCGACGGAAUUAGGUCUCGCGGCUGGUGUGGUUGGACGCGAUAUUGAUAGGUGUCAUGAUACGAUCGCGCGACUACAGGCUGGUAUUACCUGGGUUAAUACAUGGGGUGAAUCGCCGGCUGAGAUGGCGGUUGGCGGGUGGAAGCAAAGUGGUGUGGGGGUUGAGAAUGGACGAAGAGGACUUGAAGCUUGGGUUAGGAAUAAGAGUACGCUUGUUGAGAUGGGUGGGAGUGUGCCGACUGUGUUUGCGAAGUUGUAG